GGGCUCCACAUCUCAUCCAGUUGCUGUGAGCCAUACACACAACUAGAAAGUCUUCCAGGAUGAGUUACUCAUUAGAAACUAUAGGGAACCCCUCUUAUAGGAGGAUGACAGAAACCAGGACUAGCUAUAGCCGGACCAGCAGCACCCCAUCCAGCGGUUUCAGAUCCCAGAGCUGGUCAAGAAGCAGUCCCAGCACCAUCUCCUCUUAUAAGAGGACCCCCAACCUUGCUGCCCCAAGAGUGUACAGCUCUACUGAUAGUUUGGAUCUCAGUCAGUCUUCUGCCUUCAAUGGGGACCUCAAGCAAGUUCGUUUCAGUGAGAAAGAGCAGCUGCAAGGGCUCAACGAUCGCUUUGCUGGCUACAUUGAGAAGGUCCAUUUCCUGGAGCAGCAGAACAAGGAGAUAGAAGCAGAGAUCCAGGCCCUCAGGCAGAAGCAGAGUGGAUAUUCCCAGCUGGGUGAGGUCUACGAGCAGGAGAUGAGGGAACUGCGCGCAAACCUAGAACUUCUGGGCCACGACAAGGCGCAGAUCUUGCUGGAUACGGAACACCUAGAGGAGGACCUCCAGAGGCUGAAGGAGAGGCUGGAAGAUGAGGCUCGUAUCAGGGAUGACACCGAGGCCGCAAUCAGAGCGAUAAAAAAGGACAUGGAGGAUACGUCCUUGGUGAAGGUGGAGCUGGACAAGAAGGUGCAGUCCUUGCAGGAAGAGGUGGCUUUCAUCAAGAACAACCAUGAAGAAGAGGUCGGCGAGCUCCUUGCCCAGAUCCAAGCCUCGGCCAUCACGGUGGAGAGAAAAGACUUCCAGAAGACAGACCUUGCCUCUGCCCUGAGGGAGAUCCGCUCCCAGCUGGAAGGCCACUCCAGCCAGAACAUGCUCCAGACAGAGGAGGUCUUCAGGAACAGGUACGCCAAGCUGACCGAGGCUGCCGAGCAGAACAAAGAGGCCAUCCGAUCCGCCAAAGAUGAGAUCGCAGAGUACAGGAGGCAAAUGCACAGCAAGACGGUGGAGCUGGAGUCCGUCAGGGGCACCAAGGAAUCGCUGGAGAGACAACUCAGCGACAUCGAGGAGCGACACGGACACGAUCUAUCCAGCUAUCAGGAAACCAUCCAGCAGCUGGACAAUGAGUUGAGAGGAACAAAAUGGGAGAUGUCCCGUCACCUGAGGGAGUACCAGGACCUGCUCAAUGUCAAGAUGGCUCUGGAUAUAGAAAUUGCUGCAUACAGGAAACUUCUGGAGGGUGAAGAGACCCGGUUUUUCUCAUUCGCUGGUGUCCCUACUGGACCCUCCCCUAUUCACAGGCCAGCCCCAAUAAUAGUGUCCUCCACUCGGGUGCAACAGGCACGGUCAGAGCCACCAAGGGUGAAAGUGCAACAUAAAUUUGUAGAAGAGAUUAUUGAGGAGACAAAGGUUGAGGAUAUGGAAGCAGCACUGGCUGCUAUGGCAGAUGAUUUUGCCGCAGGUCUUGUAGAGCAAGAGGAAGAAGAGGAACAGGGAGAGGAGACACAAGAGGAUGAGGGAGAAGCUGAGGAGGAAAUUGUAGCAGCUGUAGAAAGUAGUGUUCAAGCUGCUGCUCCAGGAGAAGAGGCAGAGGGAGAGGAGGAAGAAGAAGAAGAGAAGGUAGAGGAGGAGGGAGAAAAGGAAGAGGAAGAAAAGGGAGAAGAGGGGGAAGAAGAGGGAGAGAAAGUAGAUGAAGAAGAAGAGGGGGGAGAGCAAGGAGAGGAAGAAGAUGUAAAAGCAGAGGAAGAGAAAGAGGAAGGAGAGGAAGAAGCUGAGGGAGAAGAAGCUAAGGCAGAAGAGGGGGAGGAAGAGGGUGAGAAAGGAGAAGAGGAGGAGGAAAAAGAGGAGGGAGUAGAGGAGGAAAAAGAAGAAGGAAAAGAGGAUGAGGAAAAAGAAGAAGGAGGAGAGGAGGAGGAAAAGGAAGAGGUAGCAGCAGAGGAGGAAGGUGGUAAAGGAGAAACUGAGGAAGAAAAAGGGGAGGCAGAAAAGGAGGAAGAGGCAGAGGAAGCAGAGGGGGGAGAAGAGGAAGCCACUGAGGAGGCACAUGAUGAGGAAGUAGUGGAAGAGGUUAUGACAGAGACUAAGAUUGUCAGGGAGCAAGCAGCAGUGCAGGAAAAAGCAGCUGAGGAGGAAGAGAAGGAAGAUGCAGAUGAGCAAAAGGAUGAAGGCGAGGAUGAGGAGACAGGGGAAGGUAAGGAAGAAGCAGGGGAAAAAGAGGAAGGGGGAGAGGAAAAGGAAGACGCAGAUGAGGGCACUGAGCAACAGGAGGAAGAGAAGGCAGAGGCAGAUGAGGAAGAGAAGGGAGAAACUGAGGAAGGAGCUGAAGAAGAAGAUGCUGGAGAGGACAAACAAGCAAAAACUCCAGAGGAGAAAAGUGUUGAAGAGACCAUCUCUGUGUCCAAAGCUGCAUCUGUAGGAUCCGAAACAGAAGGUACCAAACAGGAGGAAGAAAAAAGUACCCAGAGGGAUGAUGGGAAGGAAGAUACAGCAGUGAAUGGAGAUGUGGAAGAGGAGGAAGCAAAGGAAGAGAGUGAAGACAAAGCUGUGGUCACCAAUGGCCUAGAAGAUGACAGCCCGUCAGAGGAUAAGGAGAGCAGCAAGGCCCAGCAGACGGUAGUCAUCACAAAAAAAAUAGAAACCACAACAAGUGAAGGUGAGGAUGGUACAAAGUACAUCACCAAGUCAGUAACAGUCACAGAAAAGGUGGAAGAGCAUGAGGAGACUGUGCAAGAGAAGAUGGUGUCCACUAAGAAGGUGGAGAAGGUCACUUCACAUGCAGUAGUCAAGGAAGUUACUGAGGACAAGUGAGAUAAAAUGUAUAGCAAUUCCAGCAAGCAGCAGGACUGAACAAGCCAUAAGAUAAACUGCAUGAAAGUGACAGCUUCUAAUGGGCUUCUAGCAGAAGGGGGUUCUCUCGUGGGUUGGGGGCUCCAGACACUGUAAUAUUACUUUCUGUGCAAUAUUUGUGGGGAAAAAAUGCAUGCAAGCUCCAGGUGUGCCCCUCCCACACAACUUGGGGAAUUUACAUAAAAAAAAAAUAAAAAACCCAAAACAAUCAACUGCAUGAUAUGUAACUGAAGAGGACGUAUUUGGGGGUUUCCUAAGUUGCUGUGGGCGUGGGCUGUGGUCCAAGCAAUGCAUAGCUGGGGGUCUUCAGCUGAAUUAUGCAAAGAACCAACUGAGCCAAAUAAAAGGGGGUAGGGAGACCAUGAAACGGAAGUUUUCUCGCCUUAAUAAAAGAAAUCUAUCCUUAUGUUUACCUCACUGGUGCAAUUAAUACAGACUGCAGGUCAUGAGAGAACCUAGGAGAAUUGUGACACAACCUGUUGAUGGGUUAUGUAGAAGUGAACCUUGCUCAAUAAAAAGGUUAUAUUGAAAAUCUCA